UUGAGUCAAAAAUGCUAAUUAGUUUACGUGUAGUGAAUUUAAGACUCGUUAUGCCGAAUUUGAAAUGAUACCCAUUUAUUAUCAUAUGCAGUAUAACAUGAAUUGGGGUUUGAUGCUCCUUAUAUUAGCCUCUUGGCUUUUCUCUCGUGUCAGCCCUGAACGCGUGCGUUACCUUGAAAUUUCUGAAAAUGCACCUCCUGGAACCCGCAUCGGUUUCAUUGAUGUCGAUAAUCCGCCCUUUCUCAUUGUGCCUGUACCUGGUUCUGCAGUGGAUUCAGACCUUAUCAUCGAGCAAGCUACUGGCGAAAUUCGUACACGAAUACCUCUUGAUCGCGAGACCAGGUCAUCUUAUAAUCUUGUUGCAUUAUUACAAAAUAUGCGCGUUAUUAUUAAAGUUUUAGAUGAAAAUGAUAACGCCCCUAACUUUUCCGUUGAAUACGUUAACAUUGAAUUUCCCGAAAAUGCACCACGCGAUUCAAAGCGUGCACUUCCUCCAGCUCGCGAUCCAGAUCUUGGUUCUCACAGUACCCAACAAUAUGUAAUAGUUGCCGGUAACACAGAUGAUAUAUUUCGACUAGUACCUCAUCGUGGCCGUGAUGGUGUUCUUUAUUUAGAUCUACAAAUCAAUGGACUACUCGAUCGAGAAAUUCAAGAAAAUUACCAGUUGAUGGUUGAUGCAUUAGAUGGUGGUAGUCCACCUUUGCAUUCGCAAUUACGUGUGAAUGUGACUAUUCAGGAUGUUAAUGAUAAUCCACCAAUUUUUGAAAAAAGUCGAUACGCAACGAGUAUACCUGAAAAUACCACUAUAGGUACUGCUGUACUAACAAUACAUGCGACUGAUGUUGAUACUGGAGACAACGGACAUGUAAAAUAUUUCAUAAAUCGCCGUCAAUCAGACCGAGAAGAAAAGUUUCGUGUUGAUCCUGAAAGUGGAAUUAUAUAUGUAAAUAAGGCAUUGGAUUUCGAGUCUCGUGAACUUCACGAACUGGUAGUAGUAGCACGUGACUGCGGUGUACAGCCUUUAGAGACUAACGUUUUUGUUUCAGUGUAUGUAAAUGAUGUGAAUGAUAAUCAUCCAGCUAUUACAAUUCUUUUUCUCUCAGAUGAUGCAACACCAAAGAUUAGUGAAAGUGCUCAGCCGGGUGAAUUUGUGGCGCGCAUCUCAGUGAACGACCCUGACUCCCGAGCAACUUACUCAAAUGCAACAGUAACUUUAAAUGGUGGUGAUGGUCGUUUCGGUUUAACUAUACGAGAUGACGUGGUUUAUCUCGUAUUAUUAGAACAACCAUUGGAUCGCGAAAAAAAAUCAUUAUAUGAACUGUCAGUAGAAGCUACUGACGCUGGAACACCACCUUUGCGAGCAGUACGGACAUUUCAGUUAAUGGUGACAGAUAUAAAUGACAAUCCACCGCAGUUCUUGAAGAAAAAUUAUGAAGUACAUUUGCUAGAAACCUCGGAGCCAGGUACGUCGGUAUUACGUGUGAAUGCAAAGGAUGCUGAUGAAGGGCUGAAUGCACAAAUACGGUACUCAUUACUUAAUUCAACAUGGUUUACAAUCGAUGAAAAUUCAGGUCUUAUAACUACAGUAUCACAUGUCGAUUGUGAAUUAAACCCAGCGCCACUGCUGAUUGUAGUAGCUGCCGAUUUCGGAAAACCGCCCCUUAGUGGAAGUACAACGGUUCGAGUAACCGUGCACGAUGUUAACGACAACGAGCCUAUCUUUGAGAAGCCCAUGUACAAUGUUUCUGUGCAGGAAAAUUUACCGAUGGGUCAUUGCUUUCUUAAGGUUAUUGCUAUUGAUCCUGAUUGCGGCAUUAAUGCAAUGGUUAAUUAUACUUUGGAACACAGUAUAAAUAGUACCGAAUACUUUCAUGUUCAUAGUGAAACAGGGCAUAUUUGUAUUAAAGCUGUUUUAGACAGAGAAAUUAUUGAUUAUUACGAAUUUUUAGUUAUUGCUACAGAUAGAGGAGGAUUCAGCUCAACAUCAAUCGUUCGAAUAUCGGUCAUGGACAUCAAUGAUAACGGUCCUGUCUUCCAACCACGCGACUACAAUGUAACAUUAAGGAUUGACGAUCUAAUAAAUGAACCAUUUGUACGUUGUAGUGCCUCUGAUGCAGAUAUUGGAAUCUUCGGUCAAGUCAUUUAUGGGAUUUCAUUUGGCAAUGAAGCUGGUAUAUUUCGUAUUAAUAGAAAUUCUGGCGAAAUUUAUGUAACACGUCCUGAUCAAUUAAUCACAUCAACCAUGUAUAUCUUGAAUAUCACGGCCACUGAUGCUGCUGGACGAAAAUCCGAUAUAAAUGCAUCAGUACAAAUAACUAUAAUUUCAGUCGGUAAAAAAUUUGUCAGUUGUAAUAAACCAAGAUAUGUUAUCAGUGUUAAAGAAAAUGUUGCUCAAAAUACCUUCAUUGGUAGCAUAAAAGAAUCGACUGUUAAUACGUUAAACCAUUUUUACUGGGUAACGGAUGUAUCUGAUUUAUCUUUGGAAUCAAGUACAGGAGCCAUAAGUACAAAAGUUACACUCGAUCGAGAAAUUCGUGAUCGCUACAUACUAAAUGUGGAGAUUCGUAAUGAUGUAUCUAUUGGUUAUUGUCAGGUAGAGGUAAUUGUGGAAGACAUAAAUGAUAAUCCACCAUCUUUUAGAUUAAAUAGUGUUAGAAUUUCUAUAGCUGAGUCACAUCCACUUCAUGUAGCUCUUUACGUAGCUUAUGCAAAAGAUAUCGAUUUAAUACCUACCACACCUUUGCGUUACGUUAUUGGCCAGAAUAUUAAUCAGUUAUUUGGUAUUGACGAUAAUUCAGGUGAAGUUUUUUUAACACGGCAAUUAGACUAUGAAACUCAACAUCGUCAUCGGUUGGUUAUUAGUGUAUUUGAUGGAGCCGGUUUAUCAGCAAAUCUCAGUCUCAACAUUGAUGUUCAAGAUGUGAAUGAUAAUCCUCCUGUGUUUGAAAGAAAUGAAUAUUAUGUUGAAGUUAUGGAGGAUAUCAAAAUCAAUUCACAGAUACUACAGGUAACUGCAGUAGAUUUGGAUACAGGUAACAAUGCUCGCUUGAGUUAUCGCAUAGACGAUACAGGGCCAUUCGAAAUAAAUUCUAGUAAUGGGUGGAUAAUUUUAAUAUCUGAGUUAGAUCGAGAAACUCUUGAUCGAUAUACUCUGACUGUAUUAGCAACUGAUAGUGGAUCGCCCGCGGUGACGGCCAGUGCUUCUGUAGUCAUUUCCGUGCUUGACGAUAAUGAUAAUGAACCGCAUUUUGAGAAAGAUAAUUACGAAUACAAGUUAUUUGAAAAUCAACCUGCUGGAAUAUUUAUUGGUACAGUUUUCGCAUUUGAUUCUGAUUUUGGUAAUAAUGCUCUCUUAAAGUAUGGCAUCGUACAAAUGAAUAGCAGCUUUACAAUAAAUCCUGAUACUGGUGAAAUAAAAACGCGCGAACUGUUAGAUCGUGAGAUGAAGGCUGUGCAUGAAUUAACAUUAGAAGCACGUGAUCAGGGUCGGCCUUCGCGAACUACUCGAGUGUCACUAAAAAUAAUUGUAAUGGAUGUAAAUGAUAAUACACCAGAAAUUAUUGAUCCUCAAAGUGAUAUGAUAAGUGUACGUGAGGAACAACCAUCUGGCACUGAAGUUACUCGAGUCAGAGCUUUUGACAAUGAUGAAGGCAAUAAUGCUUCUAUUACCUAUACAAUUGUUAAAGAUCAUGACUCGAAUGGUUACAAUUUUUUUAAUAUCGAUCCCAUUAGUGGUAUGAUAAAAACAAAAGUUAUACUGGAUCACGAAGAGUGUAAUAUGUAUCGACUAUCAAUAAAAGCAAGCGAUGCCGGUAGACCAGAACGAUAUAGCGUACGGAUCUUACAAGUUGAAGUCCUUGCAUUAACAGACAAUCGUCCAACUUUUACUACGAGUAGUCUUAUCUUUAAUGUACGUGAGGAUACAAGAAUUGGUGAAUCUGUAGGUUCAAUAUCUGGCACUGGUACUACCGGUCGAAUCACCUACACAAUUGAUUUACUACGGCCUCUCGGUGUAAUACCUGCAUUCGAUGUGGACCGAAUCACAGGGCAAUUAGUAGUAGCGUAUUCACUUGAUCGUGAAAAUAUUAGCGAGUAUCAUUUGACUAUCCGGGCUCUAGAUACAACACUUAUUGGAAAUCCACAAAGCAUCGCUGUAUCUGUAAAAGUUAAUAUUGAAGAUGUAAAUGAUAACUCACCUCGGUGGGGACAAGAUUUAAUUGUCAUUAAAGUUUCGGAACGUGCAUUAGUUGGUUCCAUAGUUUAUAAUUUUAUUGCAACAGAUUUUGAUGAUGGAAUAAAUGGAGAUCUUCGUUAUAGUCUUGCAGCAGAGUAUCCACAAACUGGUAGUUUUGCCAUUGAUUCUUUAACUGGUGCAUUAACAAUCAUACAGCCUCUUGACUAUGAAGAAUGUUCUGAAUAUAUCCUAGUAUUCAAGGCUGAAGAUCAAGCUUUAAUAAUGGAAAGACUCGCUUCUACAAUUACCUCUAAAAUCCUAAUACAGGAUGAAAACGAUAAUGAUCCAAUAUUUAUAGCUCCAGAAAAUACAAAAAUCUCUAUUGCUGUAAAUACACAUGAUUCUGCAGUGUUACGGGUUAUGGCGGUGGAUAAGGAUGCGGGUGAUAAUGGACGUGUAUCAUAUACAAUUAGCUCAGGUAACGAAGACAGAUAUUUCUCUAUUGGUAAUGAGACAGGACUAGUAAAUUUGAUACGACCAUUAAUGCAGCCUACGACUCUCGAGAUUAAAGCAAGUGAUCAUGGAAUGCCAUCACGGACAGCUGUCAUAAAUUUAACACUAACUCCAUAUGUAGAACAGCUGCAUGAUCUUCCUCGAUUACUGCUUCCUAAUCCAAUUGUUAGAAUUUCAGAGAAUCUUAAGAUCGGAACAAAUAUAAUAAAUGUAGCUGGAAUAACUCCAUUAAUAAAUGGAAAUAUAACAUUUCGUAUACAGAAUGAUAUAGUAUCAGAUAAAUUUAACGUGUCAAAUAAUGGUUUGGUCAGUUUACUGACUCCUUUGGAUCGUGAAGAUAUUUCUAACUAUUUCGUACCAAUUCUUGCUCAAUCUAAUAAAAUUCUCGAUUUCACAACUCUUGAAAUCGUUGUACUCGAUGAAAAUGAUAAUAACCCAGAAUUUAAAUCAGAUUCUUGCCAUACUCUUACGAUACCAGAAAAUAAAGAAACUACAGUGAUACAUUCAUUCGCUGCCACAGAUGCUGAUGAAAACAAAAAUAGUGAGAUAACGUACAGUAUCAUAAAUGGCAACAUCGGUUCAAAAUUCAAGCUAGAUCCUGUGACAGGAAUAUUGUCAGCUUCUAGUUUAGAUCGUGAACUCGUUCCAAAAUACGUAUUAAUUAUAUCUGCGAAAGACAAGGGUCAUCCAAGUCGUGAAACAAGAUGUAAUCUUACUAUUAUUGUACUAGAUGUUAAUGACAAUUCACCAAUUUUUUUACAUAAUCAAUAUAGUAAUUCUGCAUUAUCUUCUACAUAUAUGAGUAGUAAAGGUGAUGGAAAUUUCGAAAAUUACCAUAUGAGUACCUUUACUCAAGGAAAGUAUACAACAACCAUUUCUGAAGAUAUUGCGGGCGGAUCAAGCAUUAUGCAAAUACGAGCGAUUGAUUUAGACCAAGGACUUAAUGGUAAAAUUACAUAUUCUAUUACCGGAGAAUCUACCUGGCUUUUUCGUGUUGAUAAUUUAACCGGGAUCAUCACAACAGCUGGAUUAUUAGAUCGCGAAUGUGAAAGUUUCUACUCAUUUCUUGUAAUAGCAAGUGAUUCUGGAAAAUCUGAAGCCCGGCAGACGUCUGUACCUAUUGAAAUUCAUAUCAGCGACGUAAAUGACAAUAAUCCUAUUUUUGAAGAAUAUCCAUACAUAGUUCAAGUACCAGUAAGUACGCAACCAGGUCAAAAUAUUUUACAAGUAAAAGCUAAUGAUGAAGAUUAUGGAGUGAAUAGAGAAAUCCUAUAUGCAAUUUCUCCACACGAGAAAAAUAAAACAAAAUUUCGAAUCCAUCCAAGUACUGGGAUGGUGACUAUUCUUUCAUCUCUUACUCAAGAAAAUGGCUUAGUUUAUAGGUUAGAUGUUACUGCCACAGAUAAAGGCAAUCCAAAUUUGAGUGCAACGUCUCUCAUCGAAUUUCAUAUUGGUGAUAUUUUAGAAAGUGUGCCUCUUUUAAAAUUUCAAAAGGAAUGCUAUGAUAUUGUUAUUCCUGAAAACUCUACAAUAGGCACUGAAAUAAUCCAAGUAACUGCAGUGAGAUCAGACGGUAGAAGACAACAGAUUGUGUAUUCUAUUGGUUCAGGAAAUGACUAUCAGAUUUUUGAUAUUCAUGAAAAGACGGGUAUACUCAGAGUUAAUAAUCUAUCGAAUCUUGAUACUAAAUUAUGCAAUAAGAUGAAGCCAAAUUUUAAUUCGAACAAAAAUCCAGUGACCAUAGAAAAAUAUCUAUCUGAUACAAUUAAACGAAAACAAAUAAUUGAGCAAGUAGAAAAAGGCUCAAAUUAUAUUGUAACACUCAUCGCUAAAACGGUUGGUUUAUAUCCGUUGCAAGCUUAUGCAAAAUUAAUUAUACGUAUAUCUGAUGUUAAUGAUAAUGCACCGAUUUUUACACAAUCUCAAUAUUCAGCUACUGUACUAGAAGGCAAUAUUAAGGGAGAAUUUGUUGUAAAGCUUUUCGCUAAUGAUAUUGAUCAAGGAGUAAAUAGUAGAUUGCUAUAUCAUAUAGUAGAUGGUAAUCCAGACAAUGCAUUCACUAUUAAUCCAUCAUAUAGUGGGAUUGUACGUACUAAUAUUGUUCUUGAUCGUGAAAUUCGAGAAAAAUAUCGAUUAACUAUUAUAGCUACUGAUCAAGGUUCUCCGCAAUUAACUGGAACAACUGCUUUAAAUAUAAGAGUAAUUGACAUAAAUGAUAAUCAACCUACUUUUCCAGAACAUAAAAUCAUUUAUGUUUCAGAAGAUACAAUUCAAGGUACCGUACUUACAAUCAUUACAGCUAAUGAUAUCGACACUUCACCGGUAUUGAUGUACCGCUUUGGAAAUAUCAGCUAUCCAAGUUUAUUUAGUAUCGAUCGUUUUAGUGGUCGUGUUGUCUUAAUUGGUAAACUAGAUGCUGAAACUCGUACGGAAUACACGCUUCAAGUAAUAGUAAGUGACGAAGUCCAUGAAACAGCAACUAAAUUAACGAUUGAGGUGCUUGAUAUUAACGAUAACUCACCUUAUUUUGAUCAAGUUUUUUACAUCACUACACUCGCGGAAGAACAGAGCAACAUACAGAAAGUAUUAAUUGUAAAUGCAACUGAUGACGAUUUAACAGAAGAAAAUAACAAAAUCCAUUAUCGUCUUCAUCAUCCAGAAAAAGGGUUUAAAAUGGAAGCUACUACUGGUGUGCUCAUUAUAAAUGAAACAGCGUUAUCAAAACCUAUGAUAAAUGAAAUUGAAUUGGCAAUAAUAGCAGAAGAUUCUGGAAAGCCAUCUCUUAGUACUAUGUGUUCUGUGAUAGUACGUUUUAAUACACUCAAAAACGGUCAAUUAGGAAAAGAAUACAAAAUUUUAAUAAAGGAAAAUGUCACAAAAGGUACCAAUUUAUUACAAAUCUCAGAUAUUAAUUUGCCUAAAAAUUCGAUGAUUAGUGGUGAUGAUAUUGGAUUAUUUGAAAUAUCUAUGGGUAAACUUAUUGUGACUAAAUCAUUGGACCGAGAAGAGAAGGAUAGUUAUAUUAUACAUGUAGGCGUCAAAAAAGAAAACUCUACAGCAGGAUUUUUUAUCGAAGAAGAUCCUGUUAUGAUCGUAAUUAACGUAGAUGAUGUUAACGAUAAUUAUCCGUAUUUUUUUGACUCAGUUCGUGAAGUUACGAUUAAAGAAGAUACACCUAUUGGAUAUACAAUCGCCAAUAUUAUCGCUCGCGAUAAUGAUCUUGCGGGAAGUCCUGCAGCAAAAAUAGUUUAUGAUAUAAUUUCCGGUAAUGAUGGUAACAAAUUUUGUAUUGAUAAAAAUUCUGGUGUUCUUACAGUAAAUGAUAGUCUCGAUUGUGAUGUUGGAUUAAAAGUAUACCACCUUGUAAUAAUCGCUUGUGAUAGUGAUAUUGUAGUUACUCUAUGUACAAUAAUGCAAGUACAUAUACAACUUGAAGAUGUAAAUGAUAACUCACCUACAUUUCCUGUAUCUGAAUAUCUAGAAUUUGUUGGUGAAAAUGAGCCUAUAGGUACAGUAGUAUUUAUUGCUCACGCUUCUGAUCUUGAUGGCGGAGUUUAUGGUAAGCUUGAAUAUUCUAUUAUCUCAUCAGCAAAUAAUGGAUAUUCUGAUAUGGAUGAAAGCUGGAAGCUCUUUUCAAUUGAUUCAAAUAGUGGAGCCAUCUCAACAUGUGCCAUUUUUGACUAUGAACAGCGUAAUCGAUAUACUUUUACUUUAUGUGCUACUGAUACUGGUGGUCGUACUGCAUCAGUAAGAGUUCGUAUCGAAAUAGACUCGCGAGAUGAGUUUUAUCCGCAAUUUAUCGAACGUAUGUAUCACUUUAGUUUUAAAAUAAAUGUUCGAGUUCUUCCUGGUAUAAUAAUUGGUCAUGUAACAGCAACGGAUAGAGAUAAAGGAGUCGAUGGUCGAGUUGUUUAUCAGCUUACAUCACAACAUCCAUAUUUUAAACUAAAUAGAACAACGGGAGCAUUGAUAGUUAAACAGAAACUGACGCAUUUUGAUAUGAAUACUAAAGAUUCAUCCAGAUUAAUCGUGAGUGCUAGUUCUGGAAAACAAGGUUCUUUAUCUAAUAUGACAAUAGUAGAAAUAUCAUGGUUAGAUAAUGAUUUAUCGUUAUCAUAUGAUACAAGUGUUUUUACCGCGCCAAACAUAAGUUCAAAUAUGACUGUUACUGGAAGUAAUGGUAUUGCUGACUGGGCUUUUGGUCUUUUAAUUACGUUAUUUUUACUCAUUAUUGCUUUUGGUUCAUUUUUUCUGUAUUUAUAUAUAAAAAAUCGAUAUUAUCAAAAUCCUAGAAAAAAAUCUGGAUUCGGUGGAGAUAAUAAUCCAACUGCAUCAAAUAGUUAUGUCGAUCCUAGUGCUUUUGAUACUAUACCUAUUAGAAAUAUUACGACAGUUAGUUCAAAUGAAAAUAAUAAUAUUAUAAGUAGAAAUAAUGAAGAUGAAACGCCUUGUCAAUUUAUACCACCAAAAUAUGAUGAAAUUCCACCAUAUGACGUGCCUGGCCAAUCGGGAAUUCAAGCAACGUCUGAAUUAUCUGGCAGUCGUCAAUCUGGAUCAUCUGGUCGCGGCUCUGCUGAGGAUGAUGGAGAAGAUGAAGAAAUUAGAAUGAUUAAUGAAAGUCAACACUUAGGAGAUUCUAUAAAUGAUCUCACAGUUCAUAAUACUCAAGAGUACUUAGCAAGAUUGGGAAUAGUAGAUCCACCUAUUGGCAUAUCAAGAAAAUUACCGGAUACUUCAGCACUUGACAACUUACAAUUAUUUGAAAAUGAAGCAGAACAUGACGCUGAUUUAACUACAUUAAUUUAUGGUAAAAUUAGUAAUUCAAGUAGGCCUACCUCAAGCCUUGAAAUACCAGGUGGUCCAUCAAUGAAUGGUUCUUUAAGUUCUAUAGUUCAUAGUGAAGAAGAAUUAUCAGGAUCGUACAAUUGGGAUUAUUUAUUGGACUGGGGUCCACAGUAUCAACCUUUAGCUCAUGUUUUUAGUGAAAUUGCAAGGCUAAAAGAUGAUACAGCAAGUGUACAAAGUGGUAAUUCUGAUAAUAAUAGCAAAUUAAAAUGUUUACAUAAAGAACCACCUCCACCUCUCUUAACUUCAGUAGCGCCAAGAUUGCUAAAUAUUCCUGUUAUGGCCAGAGGACUACUUCCCAGGUCACCAAUUAGUCAUGAUGCUUCAACAUUUCCGUCUGCAGCAUUAAGUCCAAGUUUUUCACCUUCUUUAUCACCGCUGGCUAAUAGAAGUCCUAAUAUCAGUCCAUUAGUUCCAAGUACAACAUUAAGGAUGAAUCAAUGCCCACCCAGAGGAAUAUCUAUAAAUGAUACCGAACUCAGGAUUUAGCAUAAUAUACACAGUUUUAUAUAAAACUUGUUGAUAAAAUCAUUUUGUGAUAAAAAAACUUGUAUUGUGGAGA